UUGAACCGUAUCAUCGUGUCUGUCGUCCUUUUACCUCUGCAGAUGAAGCUGUGGAACAAGUACAAGGUGACCAGCAUCCCGUCUCUGGUGUUUGUGGACUCGGCCACGGGGAAGAUUGUGUGUCGAAAUGGUCUGCUGGUGGUCAGAGAUGACCCAAAAGGCCUGGAGUUUCCCUGGGGUCCGAAGCCAUUCGCAGAGGUGGUGGCGGGACCUCUGUUCAGGAACAACAGACAGACAACAGACUGCAGCUCUCUGGAGGGACACUACGUGGGAGUGUAUUUCUCAGCACACUGGUGUCCACCCUGCCGCAGUCUGACCCGGGUCCUGGUGGAAUCCUACCGGAUAAUCAAAGAGUCGGGGCAUAAGUUUGAGAUCGUGUUCGUCAGCGCAGACAGGUCGGAGGAGUCUUUUAAGCAGUACUUCAGCGAGAUGCCGUGGUUGGCGGUGCCGUAUUCAGAUGAGGCGAGACGAUCACGGCUCAACAGACUCUACGGGAUACAGGGUAUUCCCACGCUGAUUCUGUUGGAUACGGAAGGUCACGUGAUCACGCGGCAGGGCCGGGUGGAGGUGCUGAAUGACCCGGAGUGCAGGCUCUUCCCCUGGCACCCCCGGCCCGUGCUGGAGCUCAGCGAGUCCAACGCCGUGCAGCUCCACGAGGGGCCCUGCCUCGUCCUGUUUGUGGAUGCUGAAGAGGAAGGGGAACUGGAGCCAGCCAAGGAGUUGAUUCAGCCAAUAGCAGAGAAGCUCAUGGCCAAGUACAAAGCCAAGGAGGAGGAGACGCCGCUGCUGUUCUUUGUGGCGGGAGAGCCGGAAAACAAAGCCAAAGGGGGGAAGUCGGGUCAUGAGAAUCAGAGGGAGUCUGAGCACCGUCAGAUCCGCAACAUAAUUACAAUCUCCUUUAAGGACGACAUGACCGACUCCCUGCGGGACUACACCAACCUGCCCGAGGCGGCCCCUCUGCUCACCAUCCUGGACAUGUCGGCCCGGGCCAAGUACGUCCUGGACGUGGAGGAGAUCACGCCCGCCGUGGUGGAGCAGUUCGUCGGCGACUUCCUGGCCGAGAAGCUCAAACCUGAGCCCAUUUAA